AUGAGUUUCUCCAAGUUUAUGAAAUGCUCAACACAAUUAAGCAGGAGGCUUUCGAACUUGGAAGGUAAAGGGAGCAUUAACAAAUCAGCAUUUUAUAAUUGUACACGAGAAAAAUGUAGUAUUGGUUGUUUAAAGAAAAAGAUGAAUGUUGACUUAAAGAAAAUAUGUGAGAUUUCAAAAAUGAAUAGAAGAAAUUAUAGUAGUGAAUGUGAAAAUUACGAAUUCAAAGCUGAAACGAAAAAAUUAUUACAGAUUGUUGCACAUUCUUUAUAUACAGACAAAGAAGUAUUCAUUAGAGAAUUAAUAAGUAAUUCAUCAGACGCGAUUGAAAAAUUAAGAUUUUUACUUCAAGCUGGAAAUAUAAAAGUUAGUGAAAAUAUUCCUUUCCACAUAAAGGUAUCAACAGAUGAAGAAAAUAAUUUAUUUAUUAUAGAAGAUAGUGGUGUGGGUAUGAACAAGGAAGAAGUUAUAGAUAAUUUGGGAACUAUAGCAAAAAGUGGAUCAUUGAAUUUUUUGAACAAAUUAAAAGAAAAAAAAGAAAUCUUAAAUAGAGAUAAUAAUAUAAAUAAAAAUCAAAUCCACAACAAUAUUGAUAAUAAUAAUAAUAAAAAUAAUAUCGAUGUUCCUAUUGAAGCUAAUGAAAAAUCUCAAGAAGGAGAUAUUAUAGGACAAUUUGGAGUAGGAUUUUAUAGUUCUUUUGUUGUUUCAAAUAAAGUAGAAGUAUUUACAAGAUCUUAUGAUAAUAAUAAUUCAUCAAUAGGAUAUCAUUGGGUAUCAUACGGAAAUGGAACUUUUACAUUAAAAGAAAUUGACGAUAUACCAAAAGGUACAAAAAUUAUUUGUCAUUUAAAAGAUAGUUGUAAAGAAUUUUCAAAUAUUCAAUAUGUUCAAAAAAUUGUAGAGAAAUUUUCUUCUUUUAUUAAUUUCCCUGUUUAUGUUCUUAAGAAAAAAAAAAUUCAACAAACGAAGAAAGACACACAACAAAAUGAACAAAAUGAACAAAAUGGUCACAUUGGACAAAAUGAACAAAGUGGUCACAUUGGACAAAAUGAACAAAGUGGUCACAAUGAUCACAUUGAACACAAUGAACACAAUGAUCACAUUGAUCACAUUGAACACAAUGAACACAUUGAAUACAAGAAGGAUGAAUGUGAAAAAAAUAUGGAUAAUGUAGAAACAAUUAAUAUGGAUAACCCAACAAAAGAUAAUAUAAAAGCAGAACGUUUAUCAAAACAAAAUGAUUAUGAAAACAUGAACCAAUGUAAUAAUGAAGAAAAUGUAUUAAACACAACCAAAGAAUUAAAUGAAGAACUUAUUGUUGAAGAAAUUUUAGUUAAUAAACAAAAACCAUUGUGGUGUAAAGAUAAUGUUACAGAAGAAGAACAUCGAAAUUUUUUUAAUUUUUUAAAUAAAAAUAAAUCAUAUAAUGAAGAUAAUAAAAGUUAUUUAUACAAAAUGUUAUAUAAAACAGAUGCACCAUUAUCUAUUAAAAGUGUUUUUUAUAUUCCAGAAGAAGCACCAUCUAGACUUUUUCAACAAUCAAAUGAUAUCGAAAUAUCUUUAUAUUGUAAAAAGGUAUUAGUUAAAAAAAAUGCAGAUAAUAUAAUACCAAAGUGGCUCUAUUUUGUUAAAGGUGUUAUAGAUUGUGAGGAUAUGCCCUUAAAUAUUAGCAGAGAAAAUAUGCAAGAUAGUUCCUUAAUCAAUAAAUUAUCUAGAGUUGUUGUUAGUAAAAUAUUAAAAACAUUAGAAAAAGAAGCAGAUCUGAAUGAAGACAAAUAUUUAAAAUUCUAUAAAAAUUAUAAUUAUAAUUUAAAAGAAGGUGUUUUAGAAGAUUCAAAUAAAAAUCAUUAUAAAAAUAGUUUAAUGAAUUUAUUAAGAUUCUAUUCAAUAAAUCAAAAUAAAUUUAUAUCUUUAAAACAAUAUAUAAACAAUUUUAAAAAUAAUCAAAAAAAUAUUUAUUAUUUCUCAGCAAAUGAUAAAAACGUAGCAUUAAAUUCACCAUAUAUGGAACCAUUCAAAAAACAAAAUAUAGAUGUAUUAUUAUUACUAGAAGAAAUCGAUGAAUUUGUUCUUAUGAAUUUACAAUCAUACAAAGAUUCCAAAUUUGUUUCUAUCGACACUUCUCAAAAUGAAGAUUUUGAUGAAGCUGUAUUCAAUACAAAUCAAAAUGAUAAUGAACAAAAAAAAUCCAUUUUCUUUAAUGAUGAACAAAAAAAAGAAUUACAAGCUUAUUUUAAACAAGUAUUAGGUUCUAAAUGUUCAGAUGUUAAAUUUUCAGAAAGACUAACAACAUCUCCAGCAGUUGUUACUGGAUUCUUAUCACCUACUUUGAGAAAGGUAAUGAAAGCCACUAUGAAAAAUUCAGAUUUUAAUGAUAAUACUACUAAUAGUAAUAAUAUGAAUAUGUUUCAAAAUCUACCGGCAACAUUAGAACUUAAUCCUUCACAUACUAUAGUUACAUCUAUAUAUCAUCUAAAAAAUACGAAUCAGGACGUAGCCAAAUUAUUAGUUCAACAAUUGUAUGAUAAUGCAUGCAUAGCAGCGGGGAUAUUAGAAGACCCACGUUCUCUUCUAAGUAAGUUAAAUGAACUCUUGGUAUUAACAGCUAGAUAUGCAUACCAUUAUGAAAAAAAAGAUAUACAAGAAAAUACAAACGAUCAACCAAUAGAUCUAAAGGAUAAUACUAUCUCUAUAGAUGAUACUCUUAACACGAAACAGAAUAAUACAAAUGGGGACUCUCUCAUGAAGGAAGCUCAGUCAUCCAACCUAUAA